AUGACGCUGUCUGCUGCUGAGAAGUCCGCUAUCCUGUCCCUGUGGGGCAAAAUCUCCUCAAAUGUCAGCACCAUUGGUGCUGAAGCUCUGGACAGGCUAUUUCAGAGCUUCCCUCAGACCAAGACUUACUUUCACCACUUUGACCUGACACCUGGCUCUGUUGAUCUCCAGGCCCAUGGUGGGAAGGUCCUGUCUGCCAUUGGUGAAGCUGCCAAACAUCUAGACAAUUUGGAUGAGGCCCUGGCUAAGAUCAGUGACCUGCACGCUUACAACCUGAGAGUGGACCCUGGAAACUUCAAGCUGCUGUCCCACUGUAUUCAGGUUGUCCUGGCUAGUCACUUCCCAGAGGAGUUUGAUGUUGUAGCCCAGGCCGCGUGGGACAAGUUCCUCUCUGCUGUGUCCACUGUGCUGACCUCCAAGUACAGAUAA